AUGUCAGGGGAUGUUGUUCUCGAUCCCCAGCAGGGAGAUCCAUCUGCAGCAGCACCCAUCCCUAGCACCAUCCCCGGGGAGCCCAUGGAUGCAGAGUGUCCCAUCUGCUACCAGGAGUACAACCAGUACAACAAAUGCCCCCGGAUGCUGGAGUGCCUCCAUGUUUUCUGCACCGAGUGCCUCCAGAGGAUCCAGCUCUGCCCCUCUGACCCCGCUGACCCUCACAGCUCACCCGCCAUCCCCUGCCCGCUCUGCCGCCACCUCACUCCUCUGGAAGCCGGGAACGCCCUCUCCUUACCCUGCAACUCACGCAUCCUCGCCAGGCUUCCCCCCAUGGCCUUCCAUAUGCCUGUAACCAUGGCGACUCGCCUGGCAACUGUCACCCAGAGAGUGGUGUUGUCCCUGGAGGGUGACAACAGGGACACCCGCUUCAUCAUCCUCCCCACUGUCAGCCUGCGGGUGCAGCAGAUGCACCCGGACAGGCCGUACGGCACAGCGCCGGGUCUGAUGGGAGAAGAGGAAGUCAUCCAGCAGAGCAAGAAGACUCUCUUCUGUGUGCAGAUGCUGGCCGUCAUUUUCUGGGUGCUGUUUGUGAUCACAUGUGUAGUUGGGGUUGUGUUUGGGCCUCAUUUCUUAAACAGAAAAUUUUAA